AUGUCCCCAACAGGAUCAGCAAGCUGGUGGCCGUGGCAGUCAAGCAAACUUCGUAUGGUCAUUGCCCACAAGGAUGAAGUCAUUGCCCUCAAGGAAAAAGUCAUUGCAGAAAAGGAAACACAGCUGAAAGAUCUCAAGACCUUAAUGGAAACACAGCUGAAAGAUCUCAUUGCAGAAAAGGAAAAACUCAUUGCAGAAAAGGAAAAACUCAUUGCAGAAAAGGAAAAAGUCAUUGCAGAAAAGGAAACACAGCUGAAAGAUCUCAAGACCUUAAUGGAAACACAGCUGAAAGAUCUCAUUGCAGAAAAGGAAAAACUCAUUACAGAAAAGGAAAAACUCAUUGCAGAAAAGGAAAAAUUCAUUGCAGAAAAGGAAACACAGCUAAAAGAUCUCAAGACUCACGAGGAAAAACUCAUUGCAGAAAAGGAAAAAUUCAUUGCAGAAAAGGAAACACAGCUGAAAGAUCUCAAGACCGAAAAGGAAACACAGCUGAAAGAUCUCAAGACCGAAAAGGAAACACAGCUGAAAGAUCUCAAGACCUUAAUGGAAACACAGCUGAAAGAUCUCAUUGCAGAAAAGGAAAAACUCAUUACAGAAAAGGAAAAACUCAUUGCAGAACAGGAAACACAGCUGAAGGAUCUCAGGAGCCAAUGGGUGCAACUGGAGAUGCAAACUCUCCAAGAAUUAUCGCGGGUCAAGAGCGGCAAGUCUCUCACGAAAGGUUUGGAGAUGUUUGUGAACGAGCAUUUGUUGACGGUAGCCUCCGACAAAAAGACAUUGAGUAUGUAUGGCAGAGAAGUCUGUAAGAAGCUGCGAGACUUUGGCUUCGCAGGGAAGGAAGAAUUUGUUCAGAAAGAACUUGAAAACCUCAUGCACGAGAUCUCAAAACCUUUACACAGACCGCACGUAUCGGGUAAGAUUUACACAGGGUAUGUGGUUGGAGGGGAACCACCGCUUGCAGAAGCGCUUGCGAUCGUGAUCUCAAAACUUCAAGAAUGCAAGUUCGUGCAAAACCUGGAUGUCCUGCUAGUCGAUGGGGAAGGGAAAUGCAAGUGCGUGAUAAGUAAUGGAGACAUCGUUGAAUACGGUGAAGCGUAGUCAACGAUCUACAUGUCGUUAUCAACGUGAUGUAUUGCUUUCUGCCAGUGAAUGAGCCGGUUCCUCCCCUUUGAGAAGCCGAUGCAGCCUCUUCGGGAUUUUUUUGCAUAUAAACG